AUGGAUCCUUUCAAUGGCGCUACGACUUCUUUGCCUGUCCCGGAGAGCUUUCAAGCGCCUCAGCGGACAGGGACGACGGCUUUAUGGACCCAUCUUCUCAGGAAAGACGCGCAGGCGUCCAAUAACAUUGGAAUUAUACCACCAAUUGCCCCUAUUGAUAAAAACGCGACGACGAUCCGUGUGCUGCUGCAUGAUACGCAGGCCAACUUCGAAGCGUUCUCUGCGAGAGUCGACAAAUUAAUCAACGUCGUAGAAGAAACGAAACGAGAGAUCAAGGCGACAAGCACAUUAUUCGAACGCGAGCAUGAUACCCUCAUCGGAGAUGUCAUUGAUCUAGUGAAUCGAAGUCAGAAGGAAAUUCAAAAGUCAAUUGGGUCCCCAACACAAGCCCCGGCCAUAGACGCCUUUUUCAAGGACGUCGACCAACGACUAGAGGGGUUGAAUCAGCGCCUCGAUGCCGCUCAUGCUUUUAACCAAACUCACUCACAGGCUCUUCAAACACAGAUGCAAGCCAUACUAACUCUCCAGGAACAGCAAGGGACGAUCCUAGCUUCUGUAUUACCCUUACUACCCCUCGUUCAAUCUAUUCCGCUUCAUUUGGAGUCUCUCAAAUCUGACCUUCGUGCUGCUGUUCAAGCUGAAGCCGUUUCUAUAACACCUAAAGCUUCGAUUGGAUUCAACCAAGACCAAACACUCCCGUUGGCCAAAAAAAGAACUCACUCUGAUGUUGAUGUAGACGCCAAUUUUUCUUCGCCCAUGUCUUCCCUGUUGACGGCCAAGCGGGCGCGUCUCGAGAAUGCGGCGGAAGCUCCAGAAACUAUAUCAGCCGGAAGGGAUUCGGAAACCGAGGCACUCCGCCCAGCAAUGUCGUCUCCAGAUAAAGAACCGCCCAAAUCUUUGAUCGUCACUUCUCUCCUAAAACAGCUCCAAAGGACUUCAACGUCUCCUACCGGACUUGUCAACACCUUGUCUGCCUCUCUUGGUAACGCAACACCUCGUCGGCCCCUCGCAGAUAUCUCCCUGGCACAACUCGAGCGUCCUCCCUCUAUCGCAGGCCGCCUAUCAAGUCGUUCGAACACUUUGUUAUCUAGGGCUUCAUCACCUCUCGUGCUUGGAAUAACACCGUCUGCUACGCGCCCACCACGCAUGCUACGAGUCCACACGUCGACCUCAGGAUCAGCUCGCGAUAGAAAUGCACCCACAGGCUCAUACAAAACAAACUCGGCAACUGCAGCGAUCCCGGCUCUACUCACAGAAAAACCCAAAUCCUCUGCAAGCAAUGGGAAUCUGCUACUGACCUCCGCGCUGAAAACGCCUGUUCGCGCUCCUUCUGCUGCUCCUAUACACCCUCAAAAGUCAACUCCGCUGAAGAGUACACCACGUCAUCCAGUUCCCGAACCGCCCUCAAGUUCAAAUUUCACCGAACCUCCUCAGUCGGAGAUUCCAACGACAACCAAAGCCUCAGCCAUGUGUCCUCCCCGCCCUCGACCAAUUCGCAAAAAUACUCAAGCUCCAAAGCCUGACAUAGUUCCAAAUACUCCCAUGCUUCCAGCUCAAGAAAAAACUCCUUUCACUGAUGGGGCGAUCAAGAGCUCGCCAAUUAUUAACCUUGCGGAGGGACAAAGAGAACGACGGUCGCCUUUCAGAGCAGGGAGGCGGUUUAUUCCUCUUGUGGACACGGACGAGGAAGAUGAGGAUGAGUGA